CCUUUGAUUCAGAUCAUGCCUUCGCAUAAAAAAGAUCGCGCAUCUGCAUUGACGGAGAAACCAAAGAGCGGCAUGCAAGCUAAAAAACGUAAACAUGCACCCGAUCAGACUGACUCCAAAACCAUGACGCUAGAGCAAGUCUUGCACGCAUCUUGGAAAUUCAUCUAUGUGUAUCAAUUUCUUUCUGUGUUUGCGAGUUUCCUGAAUUUACCUGGUUUCGAUAUCGGCGAUCUUGAAAACGCGUUAUUGACGACCUGUCAAGGCGGAUCAGCAACCAAAGAGCGCGCUGCGGCUCCAGCGGAAACCGAUGCUGACAAUGGUACCACCGACACUUAUCAAUCAUCCCAGAAAUUGGUCAAGACUGUUAUCACCCAGUUACUGUCACCACUCGUGAAAGGCAAAACAAAAGCAUCUCUACGGACGGAUAACUACACCGAUGCGCUUGAGGAGUUCUUGACGUCCAAAGAUGCAACCGUACUUGAAGAGAUCGAUAAGACCGGUGCAACGAUAUUUGAAGGGCAACCGAUUCAUGUCAUGAUUGAUAUAUUGAAGUUUAUGGCCGAUCAGACCUUUGAUCAUGCCGACGAGAUGCGGCUCCAUCAAUGGAAAACCAACCAAUAUGCCGAUGAUUUGCGUUCAACACCCUUGGGUCAAGACGAGGAAGGAAGGACUUACUGGGUUGUAGGAGGUGCACGUCUUUACCGAGAGUUGCCUUUGCCAAAGGGUAAAAAGGGCAUCAGCAUGCUCAACCAAUCGGAGUACACAUUUGAAUUGGUUUGCAAAACUGCUGCGGAUUGGCGUGAAUGGGUCGACAAGUUCAGUGUGACAUCCCGACGUGUGGCUGAAAAGCGAUUGGCACAAGCGUUGCAAGACGUGGGAUUACCCAUCAUUCAUAAACUCGAAAAAAUGGAAGCGGAUCAAUUGCGAAAGGAAGCCAAGCUGAAAAGAGCAAGAGAGUUGGAACAAAUGUCCCGUAAACGAAGCCGACGGCUGGAAGUAAAAUACGAACAGCAGGCUGAACAGCAGAAAAAGGAAGAAACACAAAAACAAAUUGAUCAAAUGCUCGCGUAUGAAAAAGCCCAAGAACUGAAACAGCAGAGGCGAAAAGAAGAGCAAGAAAAACGUGAUCUGGUCAGAGCAGAAGCCAAAUUGAAAGAAGAUGUGUACAAUAUUAUUGAUCCACUCGUCACGGAAGCAGUGCGCGAAUUGCGUGAAAAAUUCAAACAAGAUCAGGAUGAAUCGAUGACGGCCAUGGAUUCAAAGAGAAUGCUGGAAUUGAAAGAACUACGUUGCCGGCUCCGAAAACAUCCCUCUGCUCAGGAAAGGUUGGAAAAGAUGCAAGGAUGGGCGUCGCUGUUGGACGAUGAUCAUAUCAUCUAUGUCACCCUGUCACCAUGCGCUUCAACCAUGCCCACACCCAAUGAGGAGAUGCCGGCACGAUGUCCCUUGCCUAUCUGGCAAGUAUGUUCUGUUAAGGGCCCAGGCUGCAAGCUGCAACGAUUGAACUCGCCUUUAUUAAAGAGUAUCCUUGGCAAUUAUCUCUUGCUGUUACAGUCGCACGAUGCCGCUCAGACCUUGCGUGAAAAUGUGCAAACGGAUGGAUCGAACCAACUCACGUUUUCCCACAUGUAUAAAAAGCUGCUAUUGGAUCGUUACGUCCAGGAUGAGGACGGGCUCCCUGUCAUCCAAGAGUGGGUGUAUGAUUUGUUUCAUGCUUUUGAUCAUCUACGAUCACUGGCAGGCAACAACCUACAAGUCCACAAGGAAAUCAACAAACUCAAUUUGUACGCACAAGACCUUCUAUUUAAGGUAUUUCCACUUCCGGCCGUGCCAUAAGCAGGACCGACCUCCGGGUGUGCGCCAUGGUAAUCUUUUCGUUUGUGUCACUUCCAUCGUGGGAAGAAUGAUUGAAAUCCCGAUUUUUUUUUCUUGCAAUAAAAAAAAAGAAAAGACGCAAUUUAUAAAUUU